AUGACCUCUCAAACCAUCGGUCGCGGCAUCACUCGGAACAGAGAGCGCCUGGCCUGCACGGAAUGCCGUCGCCGGAAACUCAAGUGCAAUCGCUCUCUCCCCUGCAGUGCCUGCACUCGGCGCGGCGCCAGUGAUUCCUGUGUCUACCAGCGUGCUCCUAGCGGUGAGGGCGAGCCCAAAGUACGCGCCGAGGAGAGGCUCGAGCAGCUGGAGAAGAUUGUCAAGAAUCUCAUCAGUGAGAGCCCCAAUGAUGUCUCGGCAGCACCAUCGUCGGCCUGGGAGGAUACAGUGCACGUGGCCUCGUCUUCGUCGAGCUCCAGCCAGCAGCCAGGAUCGACCCAUCUGAGCUCGGCUCUGGAAGAUAUCCAAGAGUUGAGGUCGGCCAUUGCAGCCAACGGUGAAGACGAUGAACAACCUGUGGUCAGCGUUCAUCAGCAUCAAAGUCUUGAACCCGUGGGCAUUUUAUUUGGAUCAUCCUCGCCAAUGACCCUUCAGAAAAUACUGGCUACAUAUCUCCCCUCGAGGCAAGAUGUCGACCGUCUCAUAUCCGCCUACUUCAGAGCCCAGUCGAUCGCUGCACCAUUCAUCCAUUCCCAUCACUUCAGAAGGCUGUAUGCCUCGUUCUGGGCUCACCCAUUGAGGACUUCGCCAAGCUGGAUCUCCCUUCUCUUCUCUAUCUGUCACAUCUCAAUCAACGCCCUCAAGCUCCAGGUUGACGACAGCCCACCAACCAAGAAUUUCAGGUUCUCUCAGGCAGCUGCAUACUGCCUGGCUCUCGGGGAGUAUUACCGCCCCAAACCCUUUGCAGUCGAGGCUCUCCUCCUUUUCAUACAAUCACACUGCCUCACGAGCCUGAUACUCCCACCGGACACCGCGCCCGUGAUCGGAACCCUAAUACGCGUCGCAACAGCCAUGGGCUACCACCAGCCGCCAACGCGUCCAGACAUCCUCACCCCUUUCGAAUCGGAGAUGCGCCGGCGGACGUGGUCACUCUGCAUGCAGCUCGACCUGCUGGUCUCGUUCCACCUGGGCUUACCCAGCGCGAUGAGGUUCUCCAGCUGGCCGUGCGAGCCUCCGAGAAAUCUCAGCGAUUCUGACUUUGACGAGUCCAGCCUGGAGCUGCCGCCUUCGAGACCGAGAACGAAUCCUACGGGGACGGUCUUCAUCAUCGAGAAGCACAAUUUCAUGGUCGUCUUUGAUAAAAUUCAGCAUCACGCACUGUCAGCCAGGUCACGUCCUCCACACGACGUGGAGGAGGAGCUCGUCGAGCUAGACUCGGAGAUGAGGAGAGUCCACAGCGAGCUCCCGCCAGCCCUGAAGCCGCUCGCCAUGAAGGACUCCGUCUUCGACUCACCAAACAUCAUCGUGACUCGGCUCUGCGUCACGUUCCUGUACUGCAAGUGCCUCAUCGUGCUCCACCGCCAGCACGUCCUGACCAACCGCCCGGGGAGCCUCAAGACGUGCUACGAGGCCUCCGGGAUGCUCGUCCGGCACUUCUGCGACUCCUACGACGAGUUCGCGCCCGGCGGGCAGGUGGAGAGCGAGAGGUGGUUCAUGUCCAGCCUGACGGUCCACGACUUUUUGCUCGGGGCCGUGGCGCUGUCGCUCGUGACCCUGGCGAGCUCGCGGGCCGGCGCCUCGUACACCGUGGACAGGGCCGUCGCGACGGGCCUGCUGGAGAGGAGCCGGGACAUCACGGCCAGGCUCGAGCCUACGAGGGGGGCGGAGACGGGGCAUGUCCGGCAGGUGAUUGAGAGCACGCUCCAGCAGCUGCAGGCGUCGGAUCCGUUGCCCGACAAGGUGAUGCCUUCUACGUCGGAUGACUUCCGGAUGGAUUGGGAUAUGGGGCCUCAGGACACGGCCGACUCGCUCUGGGACGAGUUUCUUGCCCAGUAUUUGAAUCUGGAUGGGGAGGAAAUUAUACCAUUCUAG